AUGGACAGACUGGGUAUCUUCUCCUCUACCAUGAAAGGGUAGAUUUGGUUAUGGUCAAAUGCUUGGGUUAUGGGUUGGCUAAAACCAUCACUAAUCCUUGCUCUGUAUGGGACAUGUGAAUGCUUUUCAAUCGUGCAGUAGGGGGUUCCAUGGACCGAAAAUCUGCUUCUGCAUUGUGGCAUCUGAACAUGCAUGUGGAUUUGGUGCAUUAGCUGCAUAUUGCAUUCCCUACCUCCAUUAUGUCAGAAAUCGUAUUGGCAUCUAUAGAAGAAGGUGAUUGCAGGAACCAGGGUGAUCAGGGAAUUUUGUUACUCGAUAUGAUAGCUUUACACACUUUAUGAAGAAGUUUCUCUCGGUUGAUCUACUGAAUCUUCCAAGUGCUCCUCCUAGCGUUGAGAGAUCAUCAUACUCUUGCUUCUCUAACUUUCCCACCAACAUGAAUAACAGAGGAACAGAAGUUAUUUUCUGCUUAGUUCCAGAUGGCGUAAUAUUGCCCUACUAAUCCAUGGUUACCACUCUUAAACACAAUUGAAUUCAAGGUUGGAGAGUAGGUACCCUUAAACUGAAGGGAUUCCAUUGUUAAGGAAAUAUUUAUAUAUGGUAGGCUAUAUGGUUCACAUAAGCCAACAGAUCUAACACUUGGCCUAUCUAAUAAUUUCCACGCAUAUCCAUCGUUAGAUGUUGGAAAAGAUCAAAUCGUUGGUUCAUGAUAUUUCUGCAUCGUCUGUGGAGGUCUGGAGGACAUGGUUUAAGCAUGAAGAAUUGGUUCGUACCUUACUGUACUUCCAAGGUUCCUAUAUCUCUGCAGUCUCUGGUUGGGGACAGUUUACAUUUAUCCACCUAUUUUCUUGCAUUUGCUUUCCAAUAUACCUUGGAGAUCAGCAAGUAAGCUGGUUCCCUAACCAAGAAAGCAAACAAAUUAGAGGACCUGUAAAUCCUAGAACGAGGGAUAGGCACAUUGGCACAUGUAGUGGUGGGUAACGGGUGACAUCAAUGGAGGUGUGAGAUAGGGUAUCAUACAGAAAGAAAAGGGGACAUUUCGGAAGGGCAAAGAAAGAGACACAACGAGCCAUUAGCCUGCGAUAUACCCAGCCUCUCCCCUUGAUUGUUUCACAAAUUUUUUCGUUCUUUUUUCAACUAAAUAAAUAAAGGCAAAAAGAAUUAUACUUGUUUGAUAAAAAGAAUUAUGUGAAAGGAUUAUUUAAGAACAGUGAAAUGUGAAAGGAUGAUCCGCAUACUGGCGUUGUGAGAAUCUUUUCACACAUUUGACUAUUCAGAGUAAUUGACCAAAAUAGCCCUCCAAUGUUUAUCCUUACUUCCUCUCGAAAAGGGGGGGUACCCAAGACGUACUGAAGUUGAAUUACUGCGGGGUAGAGAGAGAGAGAGAGAGAGAGAGAGAGAUAGAGAGAGAGGGGAAUGGAUGUUCUUCAAAAACCUGGAGUUGGAAGAUGGUGGCGGCGGUGGUGGAGAUGUCAGGGAAUUAUAACAACGUCGUCAACAACAGCAGCUCUGUCUGUGUCCCUCCGACUCCUUCCUUCAUCAAUCCGACUCCUUCCUUCAUCAAUCUCUCCUCUUCGCCUUACGCAUCGCAUGUUUUCCUUCUCAUCCAGCUCUCCGCCAAACCCUUCACUAACUCCAGACCACACUCAGACUCCUCAUAAUCAUCAACAAGAACAAGAAGAAGAAGAAGAAGAAGAAAAAGAACCCUCCAAAGCGGGCCCUUUGAAAUCUGGCUUAUAUCUUGUAGCAACCCCGAUUGGAAAUCUUGAAGAUAUCACCUUACGUGCUCUGCGUGUCUUAAGAUCAGCAGAUGUGAUACUUUCAGAAGACACCAGACAUUCAGGGAAGUUGCUCCAGUACUACAAUAUUAAAACUCCCCUUCUGAGUUAUCACAAAUUCAAUGAAUCUCAACGAGAAAAUACCAUAUUGAGGAAGCUGCAACAGGGCAAUAUAGUGGCACUAAUCAGUGAUGCAGGGACACCUGGCAUCAGUGACCCUGGCACCGAACUGGCGAAGUUAUGUGUGAAUGAAAAAAUACCUGUUAUUCCUAUCCCUGGGCCUUCUGCUUUUGUAACCGCACUUUCUGCAUCGGGUUUGGCCACUGAUGAGUUCACAUUUGUUGGUUUUCUUCCUAAACAUGCUGGCUCAAGGAGGGAGAGGCUGCUGGUCUCUUCCAAAGAAACUGUGACGCAGAUAUUCUUUGUUCCUCCACACAAGCUUCAUCAGUUUCUGGAAGAAACUUCUUCACUUUUCAGUGACUCAAGGCAGUGUGUCAUAGCUCGGGAGAUGACUAAACUUCAUGAAGAGUUUUGGAGGGGCACUUUGGGGGAAGCAAAAGAGGUGUUUUUGACUCACCAACCAAAGGGAGAGAUAACAGUCUUGAUAGAAGGAAAGGCUAAUUCUAUUGCUGAAACUCCAUCAGAAGCUCAACUUGAGCAGGAACUGAGAAAUUUAAUCUCCAGUGGCCACAGUCUUUCAAUGGCAGUGAAAUUGGUGUCUGAAGGAACAUCAGUUAAAAGGAAAACAAUAUAUUCCCUUGCACUAAGGAAAUUCGGAAAGCAAGUAGAAGCUGAAGAUGAUUGCAGUUAGGCAUAAUUGACUUGUUUAUAUCACAAGCCAUGGCAAGAGGAUUCAUUCACUGAUUUGAGGCAAAUGUGCAAGGGAUUUCUAUGUAAGAAUCACUGGGUGUUUUUUCUGUUUUAUUGAACAGGAAAUGUAUUGACUAACUUACUGAGUCGUGUUCCUGAAAUUCCUUUGCACCUCAUCACGAGGCUCUUGAAGUCAUCGAACCCAUUGGGAGAUGAGCUCUCUCUCUCUUAGUGACAAACUCCUUGGUCAAAAAGUUCACUUUUACAGUUCA